AUGACAAAAUCACUGAUUGAUUUGGAUCCUACCUCUGUUUGUGGAACCGGAGUGGCAGCUCGUAACGAAUGGACUCGUCUCUUCAAAGCAGCUACGGAUGGAGCGGAAAGAUUCGGUGAGGAUUUGGCUAAAACAGCCAAAUCAUGUAAGAUCUAUGAUACAUUCUUUAGUUUACUUCUGCUUCUUGUAAAAUAAAA